GCGGGGCGGCGGGUUGCGCAGCACCACCCCAGGAACGCGCAGCCUAGGGCGCUCCCGCCAGCGUGCGUCCAGGCUGUGUAUUGACCCCUUGCGGCUCCCAUUUUCACUUCCCGGCCGGCGGGUUCGCUUCCGUAGGAUUGUUGGGCUCACCCAGGAGAGGGCUGCCUCUGAAAGCCACAGGCCUCCACACCGAAUCCCUUUCUCCUCAGGAUCAGCAGCAGACCCUCCUUUUUGCAGUAUACUGCAUAGAAAGCAUCCAUCUUUCUAGAAGAUGGCAGGUAAGAAGGUGUUGAUCGUCUAUGCGCACCAAGAGCCCACAUCUUUAAAUGGAUCCCUGAAGAAAGUGGCAGAGGAUGAGCUGAGCAGGCAGGGCUGCACGGUCACUGUGUCUGAUUUAUACUCGAUGAACUUUGAGCCAAGGGCCACGAGGAAAGAUAUCACUGGUGCGUGUUCGAACCCCGAGUUCUUCAGCUAUGGGGUGGAAGCCUAUGAAGCCUACAAGAAGAGGUCUCUAGCCAGAGAUAUAAUUGACGAGCAGAAAAAGGUUCAGGAAGCUGAUCUAGUGAUAUUUCAGUUCCCACUGUACUGGUUCAGCGUGCCGGCCAUCCUGAAGGGCUGGAUGGACAGGGUGCUGUGCCAAGGGUUCGCCUUUGACAUCCCUGGAUUCUAUGACUCUGGUUUCCUCAAGGGUAAGUUGGGGCUCCUCUCGCUAACCACCGGGAGUACUGCCGAGAUGUACACAAAAGCUGGAGUCAGCGGAGAUUUCCGGUACUUCCUGUGGCCCCUACAGCAUGGUACAUUACACUUCUGUGGAUUUAAAGUCCUGGCCCCUCAAAUCAGUUUUGCUCCUGAGUAUGCAUCAGAAGAAGAAAGGAAGGGAAUGGUGGCAUCCUGGGCCCAGAGGCUGAAGACCAUCUGGACAGAGGAGCCCAUCAACUGCACACCGCCUUGGUACUUUGGGCAGUGACAGUUUGUGCCUUUGGCACAACACAGGAGCAACACACGGGUGACCCAAGCACGUGCAAGGGGAAAAUGGUGCUGUAACAAAAUAAAAUUGUAACAGAGUUACUGGAUGUAUUUAAAGAUGUGCAUGGAUGAGUGUCUCUAGGAUUUUAUACAGCCAGAUCAAAUAUGUUAAUGAUCAGCUUCUUUUAUUGAAUUCUGUGCUGACUGAUACCAUUACUCACAGGCUUCCUUGUCUCUAAUGUCUGUCUAAUACCUUUCCAUUCCCUAUUUUCACAGAUAAUUUUAUUUUCAUGUAGCUCUCAUAGCAUGGAGCUAGAUUUGUUAGUUUUUUAACU